AUGGAUAAUAUUCGUGAUAAACUUGAACGUUACGAACCUGAUGAAGAAACAAAAAUUUUGUGUACAAAAUAUAUAUAUUUUUUACUAUUUUAUAAUUCCUAUAUUUUUAUAUUAUUUAUAUAUACCUUUUUUACAACUCCAAUAUCGUCAUAUGGAUGGUUAUUUUUUAUGAAUCUGUAUUUUUGCAUAUUUCCUGUGUUUGCAUUUAUGGGUAAUUCUUAUAUACCUUCACUUUUGAGGUUUUAUAAUUGGAUGUUAUUUGUUUCGAGUAUAAUUUCGAUAUUUAUAGUUUUGGAAGCAAUAUUUACUUUUAAAAAAAUUGAUUUAUAUAUAAUGAUAUGCUAUGCGACUUUAACUUGUUGCAAUACAUUUUUAUGUUGGCAUGUAACUCAA